AUGGGUUCAAUAUUCUCAGCCAUCGGACGCGGCAUUAACGCCAUUAUCGGUGCCAUUGCCAAUGUUAUCAUGACCAUAGUCAGCGUCAUAACUACCAUCAUCGUCACAAUCUUCGACGUUAUCAUGGACAUCAUCUGCUGUAGAUGCUUCGGCUCGCGCCGCAGCGGACGCCGGACAGGCCGCUCGAGGGGCUUCGGAAGUCGCUCCUCGAGGCGGACAGGAGGAAUCUAA